GCGGCCACCCGGGGUCGGGCGUGGCGUCUCCCGCGUCCGCGCGGGGCUCAGCUGGGCCCGCAGGGGCGACGGCGGGGCCGGCGGACGCGCGCCCGGACGUCUCGGAGGGCGCGGGGCCGCGGCAGGGGCAGGGAGGCGGGGCCGAGCGGGCUCAGGGGUUGUGGGGACGCUGCUGCCCUGCGCUGGCUCUGUGCCCCGGAUCCUGCGUACCCCGCCGGACUCCCGGGCCGCGCCCCUAGACUGGCAGCUAAACCGGGCCGCUCCCUGUGCCUUCCCCCAGAGGCUGGAAGGCAGGGGCCCCUCGUGCGCUGAAGCCCGGAGCCUCCCACCCCGGCGUGCCAAGGGUGCUGGGGGGCCCGGCGUGGAGAACACCUGGGUGGGGAGCGCCGCCUCGGCCUCCAGGACGCAGAAUGCCAGCGGCACUCCCCUAACUCCCCUGCAGUUUGAACCAGCCUUGAAACUCGCCCCCCCCCCCCCCCAAAUCUCCCGACGUUGGGGGCUCCUCUUCCCCGGAGCACAGGCCUUCCUUGGAGCUUCCUGGGUUCCAGUUCGGCCGCCCCUUGUGAACAUCAGAGGUUCCUAAUCCGCCAGGAUUAGAAAUGGCAGGAACAGGGCCUAAUAAGGAGCUGAUGCGUAGCUGUUGGAGUAAAAAUUACUCCUAAGUCUCCUUGUGGACGCACCGGCUCUCUCUCCCUCUCUAGUGUCCCUGUGAGAGCCUCGGCGAAGACUUGGUCCCCCCACCCCAGACAGCCCCAUCCGGGAAACCCUUCACCCAAAGGGACCCGCCAAGCCAGAUGAUGCCUGUCGACCUGGGGCAGGCCCUGGCCCUGCUGCCGCAGCUGGCGAAGGCCGAGGACUCCCCGUUCUGCGGACCGGAUGCUGCCCCUCGAGGGGAGCUCUCUAACCCCGAGACCGCCCGCCAGCUCUUCAGGCAGUUUCGUUACCAGGUGACGUCUGGGCCCCACGAGACCCUGAGACAGCUUCGGAAGCUCUGUUUCCAGUGGCUGCAGCCAGAGGUUCACACGAAGGAGCAGAUCCUGGAGAUCCUCAUGCUGGAGCAGUUCCUGACCAUCCUGCCCGGGGAGAUCCAGACGUGGGUGCGGACCCAGUGUCCGGGCAGCGGCGAGGAGGCGGUGACCCUCGUGGAGAGCUUGAAGGGAGACCCCCAGAGACUGUGGCGGUGGAUCAGCAUCCAAGUUCUGGGACAAGAAAUCCUAUCGGAGAAGACGGACUCCGCAAGCUGCCGUGUGGGGGGAGCGGGGCGCCAUCUUGAAAUGGCGUCUCAGGAGCUGGGACCUCGGGCCUCCCCAUCCAGGCCUGGGGAGCCGCCGAGCUGUGCUGUGAAAGAGGAGUCUGACAUGGAGCAAGAAUUAGCGCUGGCCGCUGCCGCCCUGGACGGAAGGCUCGUCGGAGACCAGGACUUCACAGCCUCUGUGCUCCAAGCAGCACCUCAGGAGCCGUGGAGGCAUCUGGAGUCCGUCCAGAAGGAGCAGUACUGGGAUCUCAUGCUGGAGACCUACGGGAGGAUGGUCUCCGGAGGCAUUUCCAGUUCCAAGCCUGAUCCGACUGGUUCAACGGAGUAUGGGGAAGAGCCUGCCGGGCGGCACCCUCACCUUAGUGAGAAGAUCCCAAGGCCCACCUGCCUAGGAGACAGGCAAGAGAAUGACAAAGAGAACCUGAAUUUGGAAAAUUGCAGGGGCCAGGAGCCUUCCGACGUCUCCUGCCACGCCUCAGGGGAGGCGCCUUCCCAGGCCUCCUUGAGCGGCCUCUUCGGUGAGGAUGCACCGAGAUGCUUUGGAGAAGUGGACAGUCGCCCCGAGGCCCCGGGAGACCUGCAGGGUGAGGGGCCGGUGGGCCAGCUCUCUCCUCAAGAGAGGAAUUCUGGGAAACAGCAUGUGGCCAGUCCCCAUCCAGAAGAACUGUCCCUGCUGUGGCUGGAGGAGAAGAGAGACGCCUCCCCGAAGGGGCAGCCGAGGGCCCCCAUGGCCCAAAAACUCCCCACCUGCAGGGAGUGUGGGAAAAGCUUUUAUAGGAAUUCUCAGCUUGUUUUUCACCAGAGAACUCACACUGGAGAGACCUACUUCCAGUGCCCCACCUGCAAAAAAGCCUUUCUGCGGAGUUCAGACUUCGUGAAGCACCAGAGAAUCCACACGGGGGAGAAGCCCUGUAAAUGUGGCCACUGUGGCAAAGGCUUCAGCGACUUCUCGGGACUGCGUCACCACGAGAAGAUCCACACGGGAGAGAAGCCCUACAAAUGUCCCAUCUGCGAGAAGAGUUUUAUUCAGAGGUCAAACUUUAACAGGCAUCAGAGAGUGCACACAGGAGAGAAACCGUACAAGUGUCCCCGCUGCGGGAAGAGUUUCAGCUGGAGCUCGAGCCUCGAUAAACAUCAAAGAUCCCACUUAGGAAAGAAGCCCUUUCAGUAGCCAAGCUCCCUGAGCCCAUUUCUAUCUCUGGGCCAUUUAAAAAUACUUCCUUCCAUCUGGAGACAUCGCAUCUCUUAAAGGCCAGCCCUGUUCUCUCUGUGAUUUUAUGGAUUCGAGAGGAGAGUCACCAGGGCACGGCUUUGGACUGGGAGGACACGUUGGCCUCUGGGUUGGAUUUCGUGUGGGUUUCAUUUCUUGCCUCUGCGUCGGGAGAAAGAGUGGUCUUUCUCCGUCAGCUCGUCUCUUGCGGUGGAUCCCUCUGGGAAAAAGGCUCCCUUGGAGAUCGUGUUCUACAAGUGCCGUCUGGGGAGACCUCAACUGGAUUGGCUGCAUGGCAGCUCGUGGCGGCUCAUGGGAAGGGCCUGGGAUCAGCGGUUUAGGAGGGGGGUUCGGGAGCAGGCCUUCUGUCACAGGAAGGGCAGCAGAGAGGGCCAGUGAGCUCACGUGUGUUCCUUGCCACACGGGUGCAAAAUUAACCUCAAGUGUCUCUCGUUCUAAAUAAACUUCUUAGAGUUACCCC